AGUCCAUAACCAAGUUUUUUUCAUUUACUUUAGGGUUUAUGGGUUGGCAAUAACAACCUUAUCAAACCAAAAGGCACUGCCCCUCUCAUUCUAUAUGAUUAAGGGUUUGGCAAUCAUGAGGAGGCGAAAAGUUGUAGUGAGAAAAGAGGAGCCACCGAGGAAGACCACAACCAAUUCAUCUUUGACAAUAACGACUGUGAGAUAUGGGGAGUGUCAAAGGAAUCACGCUGCCAGCAUCGGCGGUUAUGUCGUCGACGGGUGUAGGGAAUUCAUGGCAAGUGGAGAGGAAGGAACGAGUGGUGCCCUUGCUUGUGCUGCUUGUGGUUGCCAUAGGAAUUUUCAUAGAAGGGAAGUUGAAACUGAGGUAGUCUCUGAGUGUUCUUCACCUAAUAAUUCUUCCAGUAGAGCAUAAAUAAAUAAUAUAUAGGCUUUCAUUUAUUAAUUAUAUGAUGUUUUGGUAAUUGGCUUUUAGUUUUUGUGCCAAAAACCUCUUCCUUAUCAAUAAUUUGCGUUGUGUUUCUUUGAUGGUUUUUUUUUCUUAACUUGUUUCUGUAUGUAAUGAAGUUGCUAAAAUAAUUUGUAUUA